UCGCGCGCGGCAGAUAUCACAGCGCAGCGCGCGCACAGCCGUUAUCACCCCUGAAGCCUUCCGCUUUAAUUAGAUUAUUUUAACUAAAUACAUACCAAAACCUCGUUUAGCAUAUUCGGUGGUGUCACCUUCGAUUAUUUUCUCACUUGGCCGAUAAUUUCCAUAAAGUGUCUCCCACUCCGAUGAUUUAAGUAGCUUCAUCACUUCAGACGCUAAUACGCUAACUUGCUGCAAACCGCUAAACUGUUUUCAACUUACAAACAAACAACAGCUACAACUACAGCGAGACAAAACAUUAGCAGCCAUUUAGACUACAGUUCUUCUAAUUCUUCAUUUAAAUGUCUGACCAGCUUAUUGAGGUAGAUAAGUUAAGAGACACUCUGCGCGAGAGUCUGGAAGUGGAUGACAAACGCCAGGAGGACAUCAGCAGACAGGAUGUUUUGACACGCAUUGAGAGAGUCAUUCAGACGAUAGUCAUCAGCGCGUCUAAAGGAGAAGCACCUGUGCUGAGAUUGAUGAAUAGAUGCAAUUGGUCCAGUGUCAGAUUUCACAAGUCUGUUGGUUUGGUACGGAAGGCAGAUGUCCCUGUGACGACUCUCCGAUGUGACUGCCCUUCAUCAGCCACCAGAUUUGCCCUGGUUUUGAAGCUCUUGUCUGUUAUUUACAAACUUGUACAAAGUGACUCUUAUGCUACUAAAAGGGACAUAUACUAUAAUGAUCCACAGCUGUUUGGGUCACAGAAGACCUUGGAUUCCGUCCUGGAUGACAUUUCAUGCAUGCUCAAGGUUCCUCGCAGGAGUUUGCAUGUGUUUGCAACAUCCAAAGGCUUAAUCUCAGGUGAUCUGUGCUAUUUGGAGGAAGAUGGCACAAAGGUGGACUGCAAUUCCAGCUCCACUGCGGUUCCGGUGUCUUCCAAUGUUAAUGGGAUCAGAAACAUUGUAUCAGCUGCGAAAUUCAUUCUGAUAGUGGAGAAGGAUGCAACUUUACAGAGACUACUGGAUGAUGACUUUUGCACCAGACUUUCUCCUUGCAUCAUCAUAACUGGUAAAGGGGUGCCUGAUGUCAACAGCAGACUGAUGGUGAGGAAACUGUGGGACACGCUACACGUCCCUGUCUUUGCUCUGGUGGAUGCAGAUCCUCACGGCAUUGAGAUCAUGUGCAUCUACAAGUACGGCUCACGGGCAAUGGCCUUCGAGGCCCACAGUCUGACUGUCCCCAGUGUGCUGUGGUUGGGCCUCCUGCCUUCAGACAUCCAGAGCAUCAGCACAUUCAUGCUGCCAGCUUCCUGCUCCACCUCAUCCCAGAAACGCAACUGGACUCAGAUCCUGCACGUGUACAUACGAUUGCAAUACACUGAUGUCAUGUUUGUAAAAAAGCAUAAUUUGUAGAACAAAUCUACAUGAAAUUAAAAACAGUUGUUUUGGCCAAAUACUGGUUCUUCUGCACAAAUGUAUUGGAUUUAAUGGAUUUUAAUCUGCUACAGCACAGUAUAAUAAAUAAACAGAACUGGUCUGGUCUUAGCGCAAUGCUAUUGUAAAGCGAUCACAUUUUAAUAUUUGUGCCUUCUAAAAUGUGAAAAUGUCAGCACAUCAGUAGUUUCUCAGAUGUGGGAACCAGCAUAUGGUGUAUCCAAGUUCACACGCCUUCCCAAUUUUUAUGUUUUGUUCAACAUCUGCGACACUUUAGGAUCGUGUCUGAAUGCUUAAAGGAAUGAUAACCACAAAAACUCAUUUUGAUUUGUCCCUUUCUUUAUAAGAAGAACAGCGCAGCAUAUCAUUUUAUAAAAACACAUAUUAUACAGUUAAAACAUGCUUUAUUUGAGGUGUUAAGUUGUUAAUAAUGUGUAAUAAUGUCAAGUUAAAUGUUUGACUUCAAAGGAAAUUUUAAAUAAUUAUGUUUUAAUAAUAUUUGGUUGUGCUUUAAAGAAGUCCCCUUUGUUUUGAUGUGUUACUAAAUCACAUGUGAAGUACUUGAUUAUAGUUUCAACUGUAGUGUCAUUAAAUAUUACAUUUAAAGUUAAUAUAUUCUAAAUUGCACCUUCAUCAUUACAAAUGUGUAAUUAUAUCUAAAUACAUACAAGUUUCAAAAGAAGUGACAUUAAAGUAUAUUUUACUUUACCAUAAAUGCAUGUCAGUACAUUCAGGAGUACACUUAUAUUUCAAAGUCAAUAGAUUUAAUUAUGAAAUUGCAUAAAAGAUAUGAGAGUCCUACUUACGUGGGUCAAAAGCAUUCUAAAGUUCAAUUAACUGCAUUUAAUUUAAAUUUAAACUAUAAUACAUUUUCAUUUAAUUACAGUUAAGUGUCUGAAAACGUUACAUUCAGUUCUGACAUAAAGGGAUAGUUCAUCCAAAAAUGAAAAUUCUGUCAUAAUUUACCCUCAAGUUGUUCGAAACAGUUGUCCAGACUGUUUCUGGUGCAAGGGAAGACCAAAGUAUUUUAUAGUAUUAACUUACUUAACACUUACCUAGAAUUAACCCCUACAUUAGUUCCAGUAACAUGCUUUUCUAUUUGGCUCUUUCUACCUUUAUUAACUCUAGUACUAUAUAAAGUAGUCUAAGUGUAAAUUGCUUAGAUCAUGUUUGUGUGUAGAUUAUUAUGAAUGCAUAAGUUCUCAUGGUGUCUGUAUAUGCAUAUGGC